CGAGCACAUUCGAAACAUUACUCUAUCUAUGAGGUACCAAGGACAGAGCUCGAGCUUUGUUGGUGGCUGGUCGUAGUCGUUGUUUGGAGAGGCCAGUUCCAUAAUCGUAAUGGUUUUGACGACACUAGAGAACUCCAAACUCCAAAAUCCAUUGCUAAAAUGGGAGAUUGCCUACGAAGCGUCGUGGUAACCAAGCACCACCGCAGGCGUAAAGGCAACGAGAGCCCCUAUUCUCAAAAAGAUUGCGUCGGGAACGCUCGUGAAGAGGAUCCUGCAUACGUCAGAGUCGUUUAGUCCAAGGAUAUCAUCCUCCGAAAAAAACGAUUCCGUGUGUUGUACCCUUCCUCAUCUUAAUUUGUGCGUUCUUUCUAUAUGGACCGGUUUCUAAUUCCCAUCAAUUCCAGCUCACCUAGUGUUGAGCAUAAUUUGGGAUGCGAAUAAAUGACGGAAACGCGCCGAGCGUAUUGGAGCUGAUACAAUUAUUCUGCUUUGCAAGGGAAUCGACGGUGUGUAUAUCGGCGUUGUAAUCCGUUGAUUUCAACUGGAAUAAGCACAAGGCAAAUACUUCACGGUCGAUGUCAAUCGAAAUCGUCAAGAGGUUUACCACGGCUUUAUGAUUGAAACCCGAACGAAAUACCAUCCUGUCAGAUAUGUAUAUUUUCGCCUGAUAUCGCACCCAACCGUUUAGGACAGUAUAGUCCUUUGACAUGCAUUUCCACUCUUGCGUUUUGUGAGCCAAAAUUGAGGACUAUUGAGCUGUAAUAGCUGAAUGAGAUGACAUAGGAUUAGAGUAGUCGGGGUUAGUCGGGGUUAUAUCUUAAAUGCCUUGAAUUGCUAAAAAGCUAUACAGUAUAAUGGCUAUUUCAUAUCAAUUUAUGUCAUAUAGUUCACCGGUUCCACCACGGUUUUAUGUAGAAUAUAAAAUGCUAAAUAGAAGGCAAUUGGAAGAGGCAACAUAAUUUCAUUGGUCGUGUUGAUUCAUGAGGCCAUCUGAAUGUAACAAGUAUAAUCCAUGAUACUGGAAUGUAGAGAAAAGGGGAUUGGGAACAGACAAGGGAGAACGGAUAUCUCAUUAGUGUGACACACUAGUGGCCAUACUCUCUUGACCAGCCUCUAGGAUUUUACUCUGUGUUCAUGUUGCUGCAUUUUUGGAAUAGAGUUAAUCUGAGAUUGAGGUUGAAUUGCAGUUUAGCCAAAUACAAUUGUCUAAUAGUCUGACAAAGCAUGGCAGACAAGACUGCUCCACGUUGCCAACUGAGGUUGGAAUGGAUUCAUGGAUACAGGGGGCAUCAGUGUCGCAACAAUUUGUAUUACACUGCUGGGAAGGAGAUUGUAUAUUUUGUCGCUGGAGUUGGCGUGGUUUACAACACCAGAGAACACACUCAGAAGUUCUUUUUGGGACACAAUGAUGACAUUAUCAGUCUUGCUAUGCAUCCUGACAAAGUUCAAGUGGCCACAGGACAAGUUGGGAAGGAUCCUUACAUCUGUGUUUGGGACACAUACGCUUUGCAGACUGUGUCCAUCCUGCGAGACGUGCACACACAUGGGGUGGCGUGUCUGGCGUUUGAUAUAGACGGACAGCGAUUAGCCUCUGUUGGGCUGGAUGCCAAAAACACAGUGUGUGUCUGGGACUGGAGAAAAGGCAGAGUCCUGGCUACAGCAACUGGACACUCAGACAGGAUCUUUGAUAUUGCCUGGGAUCCGUUCCAACUUCAUAGGCUCGUAAGCUGUGGGGUGAAGCAUAUAAAGUUCUGGACCUUGUGUGGGAAUGCCUUGACACCCAAGCGGGGGAUCUUUGGGAAGACCGGGGACCUGCAGACCAUUCUGUGCCUGGCCACGGCAAAGGAAGAAGUGACAUACUCUGGAGCACUGAAUGGGGACAUCUAUGUCUGGAAGGGGCUGAACCUGGCUCGCACAGUCCAAGCAGCCCAUGGAGCAGGGAUUUUCAGCAUGCACGCCUGUGAGGAAGGGUUCGCUACAGGCGGGCGGGAUGGCUGCGUGAGACUGUGGGACGUGGACUUCAAACCCAUCACUAAGAUCGACCUCCGAGAGACUGAGCAAGGAUACAAAAGCUUGUCUAUCCGUAGCGUGUGCUGGAAGGCCGACCGGGUCCUGAUGGGCACCCAGGACAGUGAAAUCUUCGAGGUGAUGGUGCGAGACCGUGACAAGCCGCUGCUCCUCAUGCAGGGUCACAGUGAGGGCGAACUCUGGGCCCUCGACCCUCACCCCAAGCAGCCGGUGGCCGUAACCGGCAGUGACGACCGAUCAGUAAGGCUCUGGAGUUUAUCCGACCACACUCUUAUUGCCCGCUGUAACAUGGAGGAAGCCGUGCGCAGCGUCUCCUUCAUCAAUGACGGCUCUCAGCUUGCCCUGGGCAUGAAGGACGGCUCCUUCACUGUGCUCCGCGUCCGGGACAUGACAGAGGUGGUUCACAUCAAAGACAGGAAGGAAGUCAUCCACGAGCUGAAGUUCUCGCCGGACGGCUCUUACCUGGCGGUUGGCUCCAACGACAGCCUGGUAGACAUCUAUGCUGUUGCGCAGCGCUACAAGAAGGUGGGUGAGUGCAACCGCUCCACCUCUUUCAUCACCCACCUGGACUGGUCGGUGGACAGCCGCUUCCUGCAGACCAAUGACGGGGCAGGGGAGAGGCUCUUCUACAGAAUGCCAGCGGGGAAGCUCCUUAGCAAAGAGGAGACCAAGGGAAUCCAUUGGAUGACCUGGACAGGCAUCAUCGGGCCCGAGGUCAACGGGAUUUGGCCCAAGUAUGCCAACGUCACAGACAUAAAUUCCGUGGACGCCAACUACAGCAGUGCCGUGCUGGUGACUGGGGAUGACUUUGGCCUCGUCAAGCUUUUCAGGUUCCCGUGUCUUAAGAAAGCGGCUAAAUUCAAGAAGUACAUCGGCCAUUCUGCCCAUGUGACAAACGUGCGCUGGUCCCAUGAUCUCCAGUGGGUGUUGAGCACUGGAGGGGCGGACCACGCCUUGUUCCAGUGGAAGUUUCUUCCAGAGGGGGUGAUGAACGGUGUUCUGGAACCCCUCCUUCAAGAGGGGUACGCUGAUUCAAACAGUGGAGAAUCCGACUCGGACGUGUCUGACGUUCCGGAGCUUGACUCAGACAUUGAACUGGAGGCCCAGAUCAGCUAUGAACGACAGGUUUACAAAGAGGACCUCCCACAGCUGAGGAAGAAGCUAGUGGGCUCACUGAAACGACAGAAAGCACCAGACGAGGGGCUGCGUUUGCAGUUUGUUCACGGGUACAGAGGUUGUGACUGCAGAAACAACCUAUUCUACACCCAGGCGGGAGAGGUGGUGUAUCACGUAGCAGCCGUGGCUGUGGUCUAUAACCGUCAGCAGCACGCACAGCGUUUCUACCUGGGUCAUGACGACGACAUCCUCAGCCUCACCGUCCAUCCGCUGAAGGACUACGUUGCCACCGGACAGGUUGGCAGGGACCCAGCCAUCCAUGUGUGGGACAUCCAGACACUGAAGUGCUUGUCCUUGUUGAAGGGCCAUCACCAAAGAGGGGUGUGUGCACUGGAGUUCACAGUGGAUGGGAAGAGUCUUGUUUCUGUGGGCAUUGACGAAGGCCAUUCCAUCGUGUUGUGGGACUGGAAGAAAGGCGAGAAACUGGCAAAAGCAAGGGGCCACAAAGAUAAGCUUUUUGUGGUGAAAUGCAACCCCUUCCGUAUGGACAAGCUUGUCACCGUGGGAAUUAAGCAUAUCAAAUUCUGGCAACACACAGGUGGAGGCCUCACAUUCAAAAGGGGUAUCUUUGGAAACCUCGGGAAGCUGGAGACCAUGAUGUCCGUCUGCUACGGGCGCUCAGAGGACCUGGUUUUCUCAGGUUCCACCACUGGGGACGUAUACAUCUGGAGAGAGACCACCCUCAUGAAGACCAUCAAGGCCCACGACGGUCCAGUGUUCGCCAUGUGCUCUCUUGACAAGGGGUUCGUGACUGGGGGCAAGGAUGGAGUGGUGGAGCUAUGGGAUGACAUGUUUGAGAGGUGCCUGAAGACCUACGCCAUCAAAAGGUCUUCGCUGUCUGCUUCAUCUAAAGGAUUGCUGCUGGAGGACAACCCAUCUAUCCGCGCCAUCACCCUUGGACAUGGACACAUCCUUGUGGGGACCAAAAAUGGGGAGAUUUUGGAAAUUGACAAGAGCGGCCCAAUGACCUUGUUGGUUCAGGGUCACAUGGAGGGUGAGGUGUGGGGUUUGGCAGCUCACCCUCUGCUUCCCAUAUGUGCCACUGUAAGUGAUGACAAAACGCUCAGAAUCUGGGAACUCUCCUCCAACCAUCGCAUGGUAGCUGUCCGCAAACUUAAAAAAGGCGGUAGAUGCUGUGCCUUUUCUCCUGAUGGGAAAGCCUUAGCCGUGGGUCUGAACGACGGCAGUUUCCUGGUGGUGAAUGCCGACACCUUGGAGGACAUGGUGACCUUCCAUCACCGCAAAGAGAUCAUCUCGGAUAUCAGGUUCUGCCAAGAUGCUGGAAAAUACCUUGCUGUGGCUUCUCAUGACACUUUUGUGGACAUUUACAAUGUGCUGACCAGCAAGAGAGUGGGUAUCUGUAAAGGAGCUUCCAGCUACAUCACCCACAUUGACUGGGAUACCCGUGGGAAAUUGCUACAAAUCAACACUGGUACCAAAGAACAACUAUUCUUCGAAGCCCCAAGAGGAAGGAAACAAACUAUCAAUAUUGCGGAGUUUGAAAAGGUGGAUUGGGCCACCUGGACCUCAGUGUUGGGACCGACCUGCGAGGGUGUCUGGCCCACACUCAGUUUUGUAAAUGCUGCCUCUCUCACCAAAGACCGGAAAUUGCUGGCCACUGGGGAUGACUUUGGCUUCCUAAAGCUGUUUGGUUAUCCUUCCAAGGGCCAGUUUGCCAAGUUUAAGAAGUAUGUGGGGCACAGUGCCAAUGUGACCAACGUCCGCUGGUCCAAUGAUGACACCAUGCUGCUGUCGGUGGGGGGCGCUGACUCUGCGCUCAUGAUUUGGGCCCGCGAGUUGUCGGGACAUAAGGAGAGCAAGGCGGUGGAUAGCGAGGAGUCUGACGACGAUGCGGAGGAGGAUGGAGGGUAUGACAGUGAUGUUGCACGAGAGAAGGGUACCGAUUACAUCACCAAGAUCUAUGCUGUCAGCAUCCGGGCCAUGGUUGGCACAAAGCCUCACCAGCGAGAGAAAGAAGUGCUCGUGGAGGAAAGGCCUCCUGUCAGUAGAGCUGCCCCCUUACCAGAGAAACUGCUGAAGAACAACUUAACCAAGAAGAAAAAACUGGUUGAGGAGCUGGCCUUGGAACAUGUGUUUGGAUAUCGGGGUUUUGAUUGUCGAAACAACCUGCAUUACCUCAAUGAUGGCGCCGACAUCAUCUUCCACACUGCCGCAGCAGUGGUCAUCCAGAACCUCUCUGCUGGGACUCAGAGUUUUUACCUCGAGCACACAGAUGACAUUCUGUGUCUCACUGUCAAUCAACACCCAAAGUAUCUAAACAUCAUUGCCACAGGACAGAUUGGUGAUGUCACCGACCUGCCAGAGUUGGAAAUUGGUGGCCUCGCCCCCUCCAUCCACGUGUGGGACGCAAUGAGCAAACAGACGCUGUCUGUAUUACGGUGUUCGCACGCCAAGGGGGUGGGCUACGUCAACUUCAGCGCCACGGGCAAGCUGCUGCUGUCGGUAGGGGUGGAGCCUGAGCACACCAUCACCGUCUGGCGCUGGCAGGAAGGCACCAAAGUGACCAGUAAGGGCCGCCAUGCCGACAGGAUCUUUGUGGUAGAGUUCAGGCCUGACUCGGACACCCAGUUUGUGUCGGUGGGAAUCAAGCAUAUCAAGUUCUGGACCCUAGUGGGAGGUUCCCUCAUGUACAAGAAAGGAGUGAUCGGCGCAGUGGAAGACGGCAGGAUGCAGACCAUGUUGUCUGUGGCUUUCGGUGCUAAUAACCUCACAUUUACCGGUGCCAUAAAUGGUGAUGUGUAUGUGUGGCGAGAGCACUUUCUGGUACGGGUGGUGGCCAAAGCACAUACGGGGCCUGUUUUCACCAUGUACACCACACUCAGGGAUGGCCUCAUCGUGACUGGAGGGAAGGAGAGGCCGACUAAGGAGGGCGGAGCAGUUAAGUUGUGGGACCAGGAGAUGAAGCGCUGUAGGGCGUUCCAACUGGAGACUGGGCAGACAGUGGAGAAUGUUCGGUCCGUGUGCCGGGGGAAGGGUAAAAUCCUUGUGGGAACUAAAGAUGGUGAGAUCAUUGAGGUGGGCGAAAAGAAUGCGGCCUCCAACACCAUGAUCAACGGACACACACAGGGGCGAAUCUGGGGACUAGCUACUCACCCCUCAAAAGACAUGUUCAUUUCUGCCAGCGAUGAUGGCACCAUCCGCAUAUGGGACCUGGCAGAUAAGAAACUUCUAAACAAAGUCAGCUUAGGCCACCCAGCCAAAUGCACAGCCUACAGCCCCAAUGGAGAGAUGGUGUCCAUAGGCAUGGAGAACGGAGAGUUUAUCAUCCUUCUGGUCAACUCCUUAACAGUGUGGGGCAAGAAGAGAGAUCGGAGUGUAACCAUCCAAGACAUUCGAUUCAGCCCGGACAACCGUCUGCUAGCAGUGGGCUCUGUGGACAACGCGGUGGACUUCUACGACCUUACUCUGGGUCCUUCACUCAACCGUAUUGGCUACUGCAAGGACAUUGCUGGAUUUGUCAUCCAGAUGGACUUUUCGGCUGACAGCAAGUACAUCGAGGUAUCCACAGGUACGUACAGUCGGCAGGUCCAUGAGGUACCAUCAGGAAAGAUGGUAGCUGAGCAAUCUGUGAUUGAAAGGAUCACUUGGGCAACCUGGACUAGUGUACUAGGAGAUGAGGUGCUGGGGGUGUGGCCGCGAAAUGCUGAAAAGGCUGAUGUCAAUUGUGCUUGCGUCUCUCAUGCCGGCCUCAAUGUAGUCACCGGGGAUGACUUUGGCCUCGUCAAGCUAUUUGACUUUCCAUGCAUAGAAAAAUUUGCCAAACACAAGCGCUACUUCGGCCACUCGGCUCAUGUGACAAAUAUUCGUUUCUCCUACGAUGACAAAUAUGUGAUCAGUGCAGGUGGCAAUGACUGCAGUUUGUUUGUAUGGAAAUGCCUGUGAUUAAGUGUCACCAAUUCUCACUGGAUCUCUUCAGAUGCAAAGAAAGGAUCCGGAUGCCUCAAUCUGAGCUGCUGCAUGCCUGAAAUGCUGCAUUUACACAUUUGUGAACUAAUAAUGACCUUGACCAAUGCAAAUUAGCUCUAAACUGGAAUCAAGAAAACAACAUUGUUAUUGUGAUAGAACAUACAGUUCUCUAAACGUUGACUGAUUGAUUGUCAUCUGGUGGUACAUGGCAAUGUCUCAGGGGAUACAGUACUUAAUAUGUUAUGAAUAUAAUUCAGUUUGAAUUCCCGUAUUACACUUGAAGUUUUGGGAAUAAUGAAUUGUGAUUGUGACAAUUGAUUUAUUUGUUUGUGCAAAUAAGUAUACGGUAUUGAUAAUGAUAAUAAUUAGUGUAAACGCUUUUUAUUACAGAGACAAAUCUCAGUGAUAUAGAGCAAGUUUCAGAAAUGCGAUGAGAAUCUGUUUCAUCGACAGUGUGAUAUUUUGGAAGUGAAAAAUAUAGGUUACAAGUAUACUGUAAAACAUAUUAGGCGUAUUCACUGAGAGUAAUGUAAGGCACAACAUUCAAGAGGACAUAUUUCAGAGGGUCAAAUGGUGUUGUACCACCCAAAUUUUUGUUCAACUUUUUUUCCCAUGCUUAACACAUGAAAUGGCAAGAACCAUGGUCAAGUCAAUUUGUUAUAUAAACACGGUCUUCAGCCAUUAAUGCAUGAUGUUUAAGUGCCUUUAAGAAAUGAUUCUCAAAUGAUCACUUGACAUUUUUUAUACAGUUCUGGUGCUAUAGAACAUGUAGUCAUAGGGCUUUUAUAAAGUUAGUCGUAUUGAUGUUAUGUAUGUUUUCUUCUUUAUUAUUCUUGUACAUUGACCAAAACAUAUUAUACUCUUACUUGUAGCUUUUCCUCUUCAAAUAUAUCCAAAUGCAUGGAACUCAGGAGCCAUACAAGGCAUUAAAGGGGAACUUUAACUAAAAGUCAUGACUUGACAUUGUGCCCCCUAAAGAUACCAUUACGUGGCCAUUCCUGCCAAUCAACAUGUUCCUAUAUCCAUGGUGAAUUUUUCAAAAUAACCAUACCAUUUUAAAUAAACCGCAUUUAAUCCAACUAUCAUUUUUAGUUGAAAUACCCUUUUUAGUACUGUGAUAAAGUUUAUUGUACAAUUUUCAAUGUGCACUUUGUUUUUGUUAUUGUAUCGACUUUGGCCGGGAUUCAAUAUAAGGUGUGUUAUAGAGCAACACACUCUUUAGUCGACAUCGGCAGCGUUUACCAUGAAUGCGCUCUCCGCAAAUGACUGGGACGUUGCCUUUAAAAGGUGCAUUGUCGGCUGCACUGCUCUAUAAUGCGCAUUGGAUUGAAUGCCAUCCUUUAUUUCCUAAGAAUAUGUUUAGUAUGCAAUAUGCCAAUCAGAAAAGCAGUCAGUGGGCCUCAAUCUUCACAUGGACAGAAAUGUUGUGUAUUUGUUGUUUAGAAAAUGAAUUUGUAAAACCCAUGCUUAUCAAACAUGCAUAAGUACCUUAAUCUAUUUUAAA